AUGCGUCGGGCCACUGUCCAGGCGCUCAGCACUGCUCGGCGUGCACCAGUAUGGCAAGUCGCCGGUAAACGGCCUAGUCCACUAUCCUUCACCCACAACCAGGUACGAGGCUUGCGUUCCUUCUCUGGAGGCAGACGCCCGUUCUUUGUUCCGGCAGCACUGCAGUCCUCUAUGUAUCUCCGCAACUUUUCACUCGCCGUGAUUUCAACCGUCGUCGCCUCCGGGGCAUGGUAUGCGUAUCAAGGUGACGGCAACGCUCAGUCACUAGCAACACAGAUUCGAGGUUUCGCCUCCAGCGCAAUUGCGUCCGCACACGCCGAGGACCCAUCCGAGUCGACCCGCCGCGCUCUCCUAGUGAGUAACGACCAGUUCUACACAGCGACUCUCUCCGGAGACCAGCCUCUACAGAAGACGACCGACGACUCUGACCGACGCGUUUUGAAUAUGUUGACCCCGGAACAAGCUACGGAAAAGCUACGGAAGAACGAGGAGUCGUAUUUGGUGAACCGAGGCAAGGGAGUUGUUCGCUACGAUAUCGUACAGGUUCCAAGCAACUCCCCUAUUGAGGAUGACCAUGCCGAGAAGAUAGUCGAGGUGCCAUCCUCCGUGGCCGGCAACACAAAUGGGGAUCCGAACAGUGAUUGGAUGUUCUGGGCGGUAUUUGAUGGACACUCUGGUUGGACAACAUCUGCCAAGUUGCGAAAUGUGCUUAUUUCUUACGUCGCGCGCGAACUCAACACCACUUACAAAGCUGCUGCUGCCGACCCAUCGAUAUUACGACCCUCAUCCGAUGCUGUUGACGCCGCUAUCAAGCAGGGUUUCCUUCGCCUCGAUGACGAUAUUUGCAACAAAAGCGUGGACAAGGUCCUCAAGGAGAACUCGCGGAAUGUGGCUGCCGAGAUGCUUGCACCUGCACUGUCGGGUUCAUGUGCUCUCCUGAGCUUCUACGACUCUCACUCAAAGGACCUCAAGGUUGCAGUUGCUGGUGACUCUCGCGCGGUCCUUGGUCGCCGAGGACCCAGUGGGAAGUGGACUGCCACCGCCCUCUCCGAGGACCAGACUGGCGGGACUCCCUCUGAGAUGAAGCGCCUGCGAGAAGAGCAUCCCAAUGAGCCAUACGUCACCCGAAAUGGUCGCAUCCUGGGGCAACUGGAGCCAAGCCGUUCCUUUGGUGACGCUACCUACAAGUGGACCAAAGACAUCCAGGACAAGAUCAAGUCGAAGUUCUUUGGCCGCACUCCUUCCCCUCUUCUGAAGACUCCUCCCUAUGUCACUGCCGAGCCCAUCAUCACCACCACGAAGAUGGACCCCUCUAAGGGCGACUUCAUCGUCAUGGCUACGGAUGGUCUCUGGGAGAUGUUGAGUAACGAAGAGGUCGUCGGUCUGGUCGGCCAAUGGCUCGAGCAACAGCAGACUGGCGGCGGCAACAAGGCCUGGCUGAAGAGCUGGUUCGGAUUCAACAGCCAGAAGCAGCUGCCUGUGGAGGCAGUUAACGAUGCAUCUACUGAGGGCCAGCGCCGCCCGAUUCGCCAGCAGCAGUAUGACAUCUCUGGCGCAGCCAGUCGAUUUGUCGUCGAGGACAAGAACGUUGCUACCCACCUCGUCCGCAAUGCCAUGGGAGGCAAGGACACGGAUAUGAUGUGUGCUUUGCUUACCCUGCCGAGCCCGUACUCCCGCCGAUACCGGGACGAUGUCACCGUAGAGGUCAUCUUCUUUGGCCAGGGUGCUGAUUCGCGAACCGGUACUGUGGAAAUCAACAGGGAGGCCAGUGCUUCAGAGGAGCCUCUCAAGGCGAAGCUUUAA